UAGAACAACAGACUGAAAUUUUACAAAAUUACUUCAUUAUAAAAGUUAAAACUGAGAGUUGUAUUCAUCAGAAUAAAACAGAGUGAUUCAAAACAAUCUCAAGUAUAUAAAGAGUACAGAGAAUAGGUGAAAUUAUUCUGCAAAGAAGUGACGUUGAAUAAAGACGCUUGAAAUGAAGAUAUGCUGCUGCUGCCAAAUAGUAACUGCGACAAUCAUAUUUGCAGCAGCAAUUGGCGCAGCGAUAUAUUUGAUCCUGAAUUUGUCUUUAGAUCAACAUAAGACGAACAACACAUCUCUAUACAGUCCUUGUGAAGAUUUCUAUCAGUAUGCCUGUGCUGAAUGGGAGGAAAAUAAUGACAUUCCAGAAGACUCGGUCGGGAUAAAUACAUUUUCAAAGGCUUAUAUGGAAAUAAACCGGUACUUCUGGAAAAUAAUGAACAAUAAAUCUUAUUCUAACAAUGAUUUACAUUUGGAAAAUGCUCAAAAGUAUUAUGCGUCAUGUGUUAAUAGGAAGCAUAUUUCCUCACAUAAUCUAAAACUUCAGACGCAUGAACUGAUAAAACUUACAUUUGGUGGUUGGGAACUUUUGCCGGAAAUCAUUCAGACUACACCGGGAAGUAAUACCGUCAAACAGUUCAUGGACAAAUCCAGCUUUACUGAUUGGAUUUUACCAAUAUUAAGGUCGACUGGACGUUCACCAAUGUUCAGCUUGUCCGUUGACGUGACAGGGAAAGUUAUCCGAAUACUGAAGGGUCACUUUGCGUUCGAUACAUUUAUUUAUGCAUCAAAGGAAAAUAGGCAGGAGGCCUUAAGCCAUUUGGAGAAAACUGCGUAUGACCUCGGUGUAUCUAAAACUCAAAAGGAAAAGAUAAAUGAUGCUUUCUCAACAACUCUUGAAUUUGUAAAAGAAUUAUUGAUUCCAUUACAUUUGGAGACAUCGGAAACUAGUGAUCCCAUUACAAUAUCAGCACUGAAGAGUCGUUGCACACUUAUUGAUUGGGAUGUUCUGUUCGAAAAGAUUUUCGGUGAAACUGGAUUUCCUAGUUACAGAGAAAUGACAGUACAAAUAAGUGAAAAUGUUAUUCUUGAGAAGAUGUGUUCAAUGUUGGGUGAACUGCUGAAAUCUAGUCAUGGAAGAAGUAAACUUCAUAACAUGUUAGUGUUGGACUUUUUGGUGGAACAAACUAAGUAUGAAGAUAAAAUGUCAGAGGAAAAUAAUCUCCUACAUAAUGAAGAAUCUGAUACAACCUUUUCAACGCAUUGCAUCGACCGUUUAAGACAAAUAUUUCCAUGGACACUUGAGAAAAGUUUCCUAUCGGAUCAUAUAAAUGAAAGUCAUAAAAUCGAUGUAUUAAAUUUAAUCAAUGAAAUAAGGUAUACACUGUCUGAUUUAACUUCAAGAGGCCAGUGGUUGGAUAAUGGGGCAAAAGCCAAUGCCAAGGAUAAGAUUUCACACACAUCAGCACUCGCCCUAUCUGGGAAAAAAGAGGAUAUUUCUACAAUACAUCAGUAUGCAAUGGAUGAGAACAAUCCUAUACUCAAUGAGUACUAUGCUCAAAAGUCUCAAUAUUUUGAUAAACUUAAAAUAACUCUGCCCUCAGAUGAUACGCACUUUAGUUCAGUAACACCAACUUUCUCUGCAUCAGCUACUUACAAUGUGCUUGGAAAUCGCAUAAUCGUUCAUGCUGGACUAAUACGUCCACCAUUUUAUAAUGGAAAAGACGACACUCCAACCAAAUAUGGAGGGCUGGGUUCAAUAAUUGGUCAUGAAUUCGCACGCGCUGUAGGUAUUGCAAGUACAGUAUACGGUGCGAAUGGUAGAAUGCUACAACAGUCAAUCGCAGCGAAGAGAUUUAAAGAUACAUUAAAUCGCACGCAAUGCCUGGGCGAUUUUUACGGGACCUACAUUGAUAAAUCUCAGGCCUACAAUGCUUUCAGUAUAGAUGAGAUUCUAGCGGACAAUGUAGGCGUAAAAGCGUCCUAUGAAGCAUUUCAGAAACUGAAAGAAAAUACUCCAGCAAAAAAUUAUCUAAAUUCAAAUUCCCCUCUUACUUCUGAUCAAUUAUUUUUCCUCAAAUAUGCUAAGAGUUUCUGUGGGUAUAUGAGUCAAGAAGGAAUGCUCGAAAAUGCUUAUUCAAAUGCUAAGCUACAGACAAAGGAAAGAGUAACUGGUGUUAUUUCAAACAGUAAGGAAUUCGCAAAGGCCUACAAUUGUCCAGUCGGUUCUCCAAUGAAUCCUCCUGAAAAAUGCCAUUUGUGGUAGAUUUUAAAAUUUGAUUUUCAUCCUUUUAACAAUAACAAUAAUAAUGACUUUAUUUCAAACAAUACUUUUAAAACAAUGUAUUUUCAUGAUCAGUGAACAUGUAAAAGACAUCUACUUCCAUUCUUUUGAAAUUUUAAGCUAAUGUGUUCAUUAUUGUUACCGAUAUGAUUAUAUCUAUUUAGGAUACUGAAUUCUUCUUGUCCAUAAGAAAUAUUCCGCCCAUUUUAUUUUAAGACCUCAUUAUGCAGAAAUAAAUCCAAAUUGUUCAUA